GGUAAGGGGGAGGAGAGGCAGACGGCUACGGGAGCUUAAGAGGAGAGGUCCAGCAGCCCCAGCUAAGAAGAAGGAAUCUAAGAUCCAAGCGAAACAACUUGCCAGGCUUAUCCAGUGAUCGGUGUUGAGUUUGAAACCCAAGUCCUCUGCCUACAAAUCCAGGACACUACCCACUGUGCCACAUUGCUCUUUGUCCUAUCAAAGGUGCCUGGCCCGGGUCCAGUUGACUGUGAUGUGCAGAAAAGAAAUGAGGCAGUUGCUGUUGCCCCUUGCCCUGUGGCUCGGUGCUCUGGGGCCCACAGGAACCAGGGGAGAUGAGCUCUCGGUGCCACAACAACGAGGCUUGCAGGUGGCUUUGGAGAAGUUCCACAAUCACCCACCUGUGCAGUGGGCAUUCAAGGAGAUUGGUGUGGACAGUGCCAGUGACAUGUCAUUCCCUGGAGGGACAUUUGUUCGACUGGAGUUUGGGCUCCAGCAGACCAGCUGCCGAAAGCAGGACUGGAAGAAUGUUGACUGUAAGGUGAAGCCCAACGGGCGGAAGAGGAACUGUUUGGCUUGCAUCAAGUUUGAUUCCAAGGAUCGGAUCCUGAAACAGAUGAUUCACUGCCCCAUUGGGGCCCCAUCAGGUCAAAGGGAUCCUGAGGGGCAGCAGGAAAGCCAGUGCACUCAAGUGGAGAGAGCUGGUGAAGAACCCCACAGCUAUUACUUCCCUGGCACAUAUGCCUUUUCUAGGAGUCACAGCUCUGGCUGAAUACUAAGCAGGGUGCUACCUUGCUUUCAAUCCCUUUGAAAACCAGUGAAUAGUGCCAAGGCUCCCCACCCACCAGGGCAAGCACCCCCUAUCCCUCCUCACCUGGGAGAAGAGGCCAGGCCCUACUAAUGCUGUACACAGCACCCUUGCUUCUUCCUGUCUCAAAUAAAACUUCCAGAAACUUUGCACUCCCUA